AUGAGUGAGAAAGUUAGUGAGAGAGAGUGUGUGGAGCCGAGAGGCAAUGGUUCUCCUGGCAGAGGUAGAACAGUGCCUGGUGGAGGAUCGUGGGUAGCAUUCAUAGACAAUCUUAGUAGAAGAGUGCAUAGAAGUGUUUUAUGGGAUCGUUUUAGUCUUCAUGGCAUGGUGGUUAAGGUGUUCAUUCCAUUCGUUAAUAGGAGACCAAACUAUAAAGAUAAAACUUUUGCCUUUGUGCACUUUGCAAGCAAGGAGGAUUUGCUUAAUGCAAUGAGUAAGAUGAACAAUGUCAUGGUAGAUGGGAGAAGAAUAGUGGUUUUGACUGCGAUAUAUCAGAAGAGCAGUUUUCCAGGGAACCUUAAGGGCAAUAGUGUAGCGGGGCCUGGAGAUGCAUGUGUGGAGGUUUCCAAAAGGAAAAGUCCAAUAUGUUAA